CCUUUUUUUUUGUCAAGGAAAAUCCAAAUCGAUUAACUGGAUCGAAUGAUAUUUCUUACUUUACACCUCAUUGUUGCAUAUCAACAAAAGACUUCAAACCAAACCUAAAGUAAUUAUAAGUACAUUAUCAACUCUUUCCCCCGAAACUCAAAAUACUUCUCCUCCUUUCGAAUCUUCGAUACGUGUCAGAAUUACAAUCUCAUGAGAAGUGGAGUUUAAGAGUGGUUAUUUGUAUAACUUUUGUUAUAAAUCAUUCGAAUCCAAAUUCAAAUUCGAGACCACCAUCACCCGAAUUGAAAUACGAGUACUCACAAGAACUUAGACUGCCUACUUUGACAAUCACAGUCACAUUCACAUUCACAUUCUUGAAAUCAACCUCGCCAUCGUUUUGAUUUCAACUUUUUUGACAAUAUUCUUAUUCAACAUCUCAACUCAUCUCGCCUUGUUGCAUCUCAUCGUACUCAUCUCAUCACAUCACAUCACACACAUCUCAUCGCAUAUAAUCUCAUUACUUUUAAUAUUCAAUCUACUCAUCAUCAUCUUGUUUACCAUCCCAUCCAUUUGGAACCAUUGCCCUCAUACUCGGGUACAUUUUAUGCAUUUAACAAUAUCCACGGUAUCCAAACAAAAGUCAAGCAAUUCCACCAUUCUCCACCAACGACAAGCCAUCAAAAAAAUACCAAGCAUUUUGAUUAUUCGGGAACUAUCAAGCCCCCACAUUAUUUUACUUUUUGGUUCUCUCUUGUCCCGUCUAUCUGGCACGCUGCCUCGCUGGCUCGCUAAUUUCCAAUCAUCCCAUUCAUCUCCCUUUUCUCUCCUCUUUUUCUUCAACCGAUAUCUACCUACAUACAGCUGAAAUUCGAUAAAGAGGUCAUCUCGAUAACAUAUAUAGACUUGAGAGUCAAGAUACACAUACACAACAUUACUACUACUAACAUCACCUCGAACACUUAUUACGAGUCUUAUUACAAUUCUUACUACGAUUCUUACUACUUGCAACAUAUUACCACCAACUAUCUAAUACAUCUUUUUGUCAUACAAUUAUUCAAGACAAUUGAUUACCACACCCAUCAUUCGACACAACCUUUCGGUUCCUUUUACAUAAUAAUUUUGGCAAGACACAACAUAUAAUUAUCGUCCAAUUUUUUGGGUCUCCAAUAUUUUCCCUGUAUACCGGUACAUUGGUUCCGAAACGCACGAGGUGGACGAUCGAUUGAAGUUUAAUCGUAGUGACACUUCGCACCCAAGAAACAAAAGGGGAUUUAUUUUUAUUCUACAAGGAGAUUAAUACGCCACUUUUUGUUAGGAGAGGAAGGAAAUUCUUGGGGGAAGAAAAGUAUAACAAAUUGAUGGAAUCUCGAAUUUAGUUUUCAAGGGUUUCGAGUUUUACUUUGAGUGUUGGGUUUCUGGGGUCUUGGGGAUUUUCUUCAUCGAUAUAUGUUCCUCAUAUUGGUUCAUCAUUUUUAUCAGUUCGAUACAUUGACGAAUUAAUUUCCAAAAAUUCAACAAUCAAUUUCGACGGAUCGACAUACAUUACGGACUACCGACCACGGAUUACGGAUUACGGAAUAUAUCUUUAAAAAUAGGACCCCGCAACAAUGAGUUCUUCAGCGCAAGGAGCACCGAGAGCACCGGCAGUAUCUACAAUUCCUACAACAUCAAAUGAUGAUAAAAAGAAAGGAUUAAGUCGAGUUUUGGGACGAAUGAAGACGGUUUUAAAAAGAAGUGAUGGAUCAAAAAGAUUGUCUUUUGUUGAAAAGUCUUCAACUUCAAUUACAACAGGAGGACCGAGUGUCCCUAAAUCCACUGAUCAAACAUCAAAAUCAAAGCCAACACCAACACCAGCGCCAGAACCAUCAAAGGAAAUACCCGUCUCCAUUCCCGCUGUCGUCGAAACGAAACAAACUACCAAUACCACUACCAAAACUACUACUCCUAGCACAACAAAACAACAACAAUCUAAAACUAAAUCUCAACCUCAACCUCAACCAACAAAAAUAUCUCGAGCAGAAAUUAAUGCUGAAAGAGCUAGAAAAUUAGCUGAACGUUUUCAAUUGCAAAUCGAACCUCAUGAAUGGCAAACUCUUACUGGAGAAAAAGAUGUUUGGAGAAUCGAAAAACCUAUUCGAAUGAGAAUUCAUAGAACUUGUCAUAAAUGUGAUACAACAUAUGGUGCCAAUAAAAUUUGUACCAAUUGCGAUCAUCCAAGAUGUACAAAAUGUCCUAGAUAUCCUUUAAAGAAGAAAGAUAAGGGAAAAGCAGCAAUUGCGAAUAUAGGACCAACAAAAGUGGAAGUUGAUAAAGAAUGGAAAAAAGCCGAGAAAUUAAUCAUGACUUUACCGAGUCAUAAAGUGGGUGGUCAACCUUUGGUUCGGAAAAAACCUACUCAAAGAGUUAGAAGAACUUGUCAUGAAUGUUCGACUCUUUUUACGGCGGGAAAUAAAAUUUGUAUAACUUGUUCUCAUACUCGUUGUGCUGAUUGUCCUCGAAAUCCACCCAAGAAAAAGAAAUAUCCCGAUGGCUACCCUGGCGAUCAACCAUCCUCCAUACACAAAAAAUUCGCAUGUCAUAAAUGUGAUAAAACAUUCCCUCAUCAUUCCUCCUCGGAUUCAAAAACUAGUACACAAGAAUGUACAAGGUGUAAACAUAUUAGAUGUGAUAUGUGUAUGAUAGCUGUUCCGCGGAAAGUGGUACCGGAGCCGGAUCCGGAAGUAAUGAGGAGAGUGGAGGAGAAAUUGAGGGGGUUGAGUAUUAGAAGACCGACGACGGUGGAUGUGGUUGUUUGAGAUGGUGGUGGGGUAGGAAUGUGAAGAAGUUGAUCAAAAGGGGCAAAUGGAAAGGAGGAAAGAUAAAGAGAAGGAUGCAUGGACGGAUACUCGAGCAGAAAAAUAUACAUUGGAACUUCUCACAUUUUUUCACAGCAUCUACAUUUUUGCAUUUUUGGAGGGGUUCGGCAUUUCUUUGCAUAGCAUAGGAAAGAUGAAAUGAAGAACGAGAGCGAGAGUUGAUGAGGGAAGAUAUCGGGAAAUCAUUCGUUUCGAAAGAAUUACCAAAAAAUACGAGGCGAUGAAAGUAGCGAGCGUGGAUUGUGUAUGGAUGUGGAUGGAUAUAUGCAUGCGCAUUAACAUUUUUGAGUUUGAGUUUGAAUUUAUUUUUGCUUUUUUGUGGCAUUAAAUUGCGUUUGUCUGGGAGGAUUGAUUGAUACCUUUUUGUGUUUUUUGAAAUUGCUGGGUUGUGUGGAGAGGGUGUGGGUGUGAGGUGUAUCGAGAAGAAAAGGGGCACAGUGCGAGAAGGAAAGGAGAUGGAGGAAGAGGAUAAGAGGGACAAGAUAAGAGAGAGGUGGAAUGGAGAAGAUGUUCGAAUGCACACAUAUAUAUACGGCCGAUACAAUAUGACAUUAUAUAUUUGUCUACCUAGGUAUCUAUUGGUGGGACUUUGUGAUUGUUUGAAUGGUGGAAGUUUGGGGUGGGAUAGUGGGGUAGCGAUAUGGAUACAUAAAUAGAAAUGUAUGGAGGUGGAAGUAAGAAGUUGGUUUCUCGACUGUUGUCUUUGAUUGAUUUGUGGAGGUAAGUGGGUAGUGAGCGUCUGAGGUUUUGAUUGUGAUUUUUGGGAUUAUAAGUAUGCGCGUUUCUGUGGGCUUUGGUGCAGUGUGGGAGGGGAUGAAAUGAGAUGGGGCUGUUUGUACGAAUGUUCAGUUGGGGGUUGGGAGAUGAAAUGGGAUGGAUUUGGAUGAGAUGAGGGGAGAUGAGGGAAGAGGAGAAGAGAUAAGAUGAGAUGAAAGGACAGCAGGUAGUGGAGCCAAAGUGGAAGGUGGAAAAUGAUAGAUUCUUAGGUUUUGAAUCGGAUUAACAAUAUGUGAAGGGGGACUGUGAUAAUUUGCAUGUAUUUAUUUAUUUAUUUAUUUACUUGUUGACUUAUUUGGGGAAUGGGGAACGGGGAGAUGGAAAAUAAGGGAGGGUGAAUUGAGUAGAAGACACUCGGCGGGAAAUCGAGGAAAGUGGUGGGGCGGGGGGAAAUUUAGUAGGGUUUGAGUAGGUAGGUGGUAAAUAUAUGAAAUGUUGAGAUUUACGGUUCAAUGGAUAGAAAGGAUUGGAAAGAUGUGACUGGGUAAAAGAGGAAUAUGAUAAUUUGAUAUGACGGGAGAAAAAGAAAUGGUAAAGUUGGAUAUAAGAAGCGGAUUGAGAUUAAAUUUGUAACGUAGAGGUUCAUUUUAUUUGAGUUUGGAUUGAUGAUGAUAGAGAGAGUGAGGGAAGAAGCGUGUGUGUGUGUGGUGUCAGGAGCGAUAUAAUAAAGUAGGAUGAACGAGGGGACGUUGAUAUUUUAAAGUAUGAUACUAAAAA